GUUGAAGCGGAAUUGUCACCGUGGUCCGUGGUCCUGCUCAAACGUUGACCAUGUCGUUGCCCAUGUUAGUCGGGGGCACUGAAUGCGGCCCUUCCAAUCCUCUCCAAGGCCUUUCGAAACACUUAGAUAAUGAUCGAGGGCUGCAGCAGGAUCAUUUUGGGGCAGGCCGUGCAGGACCUUCUCAAGAGACGUUUCGCUCGCAAAUUACUAGCCCACCGUCGUUCGAUCAGGAUACUGCUCGUUUCUUUGCUAAAUCGCCUCCGCCUCAAUUCUAUGGUAACAGUCCGUACGACAUGGCAGCGCUUCGAGGCUCCCUGCCAGCCGCGGACGCCCAAUCCUUCAAGCAGAAUGUUGUCGCAGACUGGGCUGUAGAUUUCUUGACCCAGCAACCCAUGCAGGCAUCCUCUCCUCAACCUCUCGCUGCUGCUGCUACUCAAUCCACAGUGAGCUCUAUGCAUUCCUCAGCUGCUUCGUCUACCACACAAGCUGUGAACAUGAUACGGCCUGCGCAGGUUAUGCCAUUUGGAUCAAUGUGGAAUGCGACGAUGCAAUUUAUUCCUUCCGCAAACUCCUUUCAGGCCACGACUGUACCAAGGUCUGUUCUGCCAGAUACUCAACUUUCAUGGUACAAAGAGUUCGACGCCCAACAAAGCGACUCUGUUCCGACCGAAGGACUUUCGAACGCCAACGCUCAGGAAGAAGCUCCUCAGUCCUUUCGGGAGCAAGAUGAGCUCUCUCGUACCGCAGGUCUCCUUCUAGAGACCGUGAAAACCGAGAAGAAUCCCAAAUUCCAAAAUAGUAUCUUUAUGAAUCUGAUGACUCAACUUCGCGACCAAAAAGUUGUUGUCAGAGGGAACGAGAUGGUGGAAAAUGACGGGACUCAUACAGUCGGCCAAGACAGUAGGGUAGAUGUGAAAGGAAAGGGAAAAGGAAAAGCGUCUGAUUCACCGUUCAUCCCAUAUGCUGGCUUGGUUAGUACGCUUGGACAGACAAUUGGUAACAACGCGACAAUGGCAGGAGUAUCUCCGUAUAACGAACAAAUUGACAUCCAGGAAGAUGCGAACGAUGCUUAUUUCAGACAAGAAAAUGAGGAUUAUACUCGCUACUGGAACGGAAUGGAUCCACGGAAGUCGCAGAGGCAGACAGUGGAAGUGGAUCUAAACUGGGAUAAACUACAAACAGAUUGGGAGAAGUUCGAGGCCUCGACCAAAGGCAUUACUCCGGUCGUCUCGUAUCAAUUUCAGAAAAAUAAUCCCUAUCUCCGAGGGGACAGUUUACGGAUGCGGCACCAUUCCAUGCAUUCGGAUGACCGUCUGGAAACCGUACUCGCAUUAGAAGCCGCUGUUCAGCAGGACGUGUCUAAUGCAUCGGCAUGGUUUGAACUCGGGGUCAAACAGCAAGAGCAUGAGCGAGAAACGCAAGCGUUACAGGCCCUUAAACGAGCAACUGAGCUUGAUCCCUCGUAUUUACCCGGUUGGCUAGCAUUGGCUGUAUCCUACACAAAUGACGGUCGUCGGCUCGAAGCCUACGAGGCCAUCCGCGAGUGGGUUUUGCGAAACGAUGAUCAUCGCGACAUUCUCCAACAACAUCUAUCUCAGCAUCCUAGUUCCGAAGAAGCCACGAUUCAAGAAAAAUUCAAGCAAUUGGUUCAGUGUUUGAUCACAAUGGCUCAACAAAGUGCAUUUGGACAGAUUGACGCUGAUAUCCAAAUAGCGUUAGCUGUGCUUUUCAAUUCGAAUGAGGAAUAUGGAAAGGCUCAAGACUGUUUUAGAGCGGCACUUUCUAUUCGUCCUGACGACUGGCAGUUAUACAACAGAGUAGGCGCUACAAUGGCAAACAGUGGCCGUGCUGAGGAAGCUCUAGAAUAUUAUUAUCGAGCACUUGACCUGAAUCCGGCAUAUGUUCGAGCACGAUAUAAUCUAGGUAUAUCGUGCAUCCAACUCAAGCGAUAUAACGAGGGUGCCCUGCACAUUCUUGAUGCACUAUCCCUCCAGGAUGCGGAAGGUGUUCAUGAUGUUGAAGGUUUCAACGAUGCACGGGGAGGAAUCACUUCGAACGCCCUCUGGGACAGCCUGAAAACUGCGUGUCUGCAUCUACAACGCGUUGAUUUGGCUACAUUAUGUGACAAGAGGGAUGUCGAAGCUUUCCGGUUUAAUUAUCAGUUUCGAUGAACUUUUGUAGCUAUACGUAAUGUAGACCAUUUAUAAUGACAAUGGACUUGCGUUUGGAAA